UCAGUACCUUCUCAAAUAGCAUCAUACAGUUGUUCACUCCUGUAUCAUGGCUCUCCGAAAUAUCCUAUGCAGUCUAGCAUUUGUUUCAUCAUCAUGUACAGUCAUUGCCAAAGAAUGUCUGCCAGCUGCAAGCGGUAACGAAACCGGGGAUGACUCCCUGGGAAUCAACAACGCCAUCAAAGAGUGUGGUCAAAACGGUACCAUAGUUCUCUCCUCUCCACAGGGAUACAUGCUUCGUACACCGAUUGACCUGUCGCCCUGCAAACACUGCGACGUUCAGGUCGAGAGUCUACUCAAGGUAGGGCCAGGCCAGCCGAGAUUUUGGAUCGACAUCGGCCACUUGAUCUAUAUUGCGAACACAACCGGCGUCCGCCUAAGAAGUGUGACGGGGGAUGGUGUUAUCGAUGGCAAUGGGGAAGAGUGGUUUAACAGAACAGAAUGGGUCCCACCGCAAUGGAACGGCCCAGCGCUCAUUAAAGUCACCAACCAAGCCAACGACAUAACCAUCCAGAAUAUUGCCCUCACAAACGCCCAGUCCCGCUACAUCCAGCUCCUCGGCAAUUCAACCCGCCUCACCCUUUCUAACCUCACUAUGCACAGCCGCAACGUUCUCCCCCGCGAAACCGAGACGACGCCCUUUGGCAUCGAGACUAGCGAAUCUUCCCUCAUCACCAUCUCGGAUGUCCUCAUGGACUUUCGCAGCAAAACCAGCCCAUCUAGCCCAAACAGCCUCCCCGUAGGUAAUUGCGCUGCAUUCGACCUCGGCACCCACGACCUCUCCAUGCACAAUGUCCGCUGCAACAAUGUCUGGGGUGGUGCGCUCGUUCAAUAUGGUUCCGUCUCCGCCUCUCACCCUCCCGACAUCACAAUGUCCAACCUCCUCAUAUCGAACUUCACGUUCUCCGGUGUCAAAGCUACGGGUUUCCAGAGCCUCGGUGUAUGGGAGCCCAAGUACGUCGCGCGCAAUAUCUCAUGGGAUGGCGUUACCGUUUAUUCCGGUACACCCGCGGAAAUGAAUAUCUGUUAUUACAGAACGCAUACGAAUACGCCGUAUCCGAAUACCUGUCCACCGCGGGUCAAUACGUUGGUAACGGACUUGUGGUUUAAGAACUUCAGAGGUAAGGUGGGCGUAAUGCCUACGGAUCCUGGGUGGGGGAAUUGGAAUAAUAUUAGUCAUGUUGAGGCGCAUUUUGAGAAUUGGGUAGAUGUAGGGGAUGGAACUGUUACAUAGGGGAAAGCUAACCGUUGAACCUGGAUGUCUUCAGUGGAGGACUGGAAUUAGGAAGGUUCGGUCGUUGGUGUCCCGCUACAGACCACAGUGUAUGAGGAGAUAUAAACAUGUUGCGGGUUUUUACUUGAAAGAGCCUAU